GCCCAUCGGUGGAGAUCAGAGAGGGAAGCUGGUAACUCAUUUCGUGAAGGAGCGACAUGAGCGCUUGUACCGUUUAUUGAGUGAGAAGGCGCGACGUAAAGAGACGGAUUCCAUUGCUGUAAAAUACGCGCGAGAGAUAAGUGUCAGCCGGUGUGUUUCAAGAGUUCGGGAGUUUAGUGUUAAAGUGUGCCUGAAGUAGUGCGUGAUUGGUUUCCUUCUGGACACGUGGUUUACAAUUUUAGAUUAAGUUUAGGAAGACGCUUAGGAAGAAUAUCAACCUAAGAAGAAAAAGAAUAAGAAGAAGAAGAAGAAGAAGUAGUAGAAGAAGAAGAAGAAGAAGAGGUAGUAGAAAAGGAAGAAGAAAAAGGAUCAUCACCAGCCUCGAGGAAUUACUUUCAUUGAGAGAGGAAUUUCUCAAUUUAGAUUAGGAUGUCACACCACAGCGACGAUAACAUGCUCAUAGCAACGUCAGAUUCAUUCUGGGAGCCGGGAAAUUACAAGAGAACGACCAAAAGGAUCGAGGACGGUCACAAACUUUGCGAUAGUCUAAUAGCAUUGGUUCAGGAAAGAGCAGAAAUCGAAAAAAGUUACGCAAAAGCGUUGAAAAAUUGGUCGAAAAAUUGGAACGACAAGAUUGAAAAGGGUCCAGAGUAUGGAACUACGGAAGCUGCGUGGAAGGGUGUUCUGGUCGAGUCUGACAGGUUGUGUGACCUUCAUCUUAGGGUUAAGGAAAACCUUUGCAACGAUAUCAUUCAACAAGUGAAGACAUGGCAAAAGGAUACCUAUCACAAGUCGAUGAUGACCCUCAAAGAGCGGAAGGAAAUGGAAGACGCGUUUAAAAAAGCCCAAAAACCAUGGGCUAAACUAUUACAAAAAGUCGAGAAAGCCAAAGCUGAAUAUCACAACAGCUGCAAAACUGAACGAACUGCAGCUAACAUGGAGAGGAAUGCUUCCGCUGAUAGUUCUCUUUCACCAGACCAGAUGGCCCGAGGCUCUGAAAACAUGACUGAGUGUGGAUGUGGUGAUGCAUGGGGCCUCAGAAUACGAGAGUGCCUUAGGAAUUCUAAAAUAGGGGACGUUCAGCUUGUAAAGAAAAUGCAAGACAGAGUCCAGAAGACGAAAGAAGAAGUACAAAAGGCAAAAGAAAAAUACGAAGCCGCUCUUCAAGAAAUAAAUCAAUAUAAUCCUAAAUACAUGGAGGAUAUGUCACAAGUUUUUGAUAAAUGUCAAGAAAUGGAGGCCCAACGACUUCAAUUCUUCAAAGAAGUUCUUUUUGGUAUUCACAAGUGCCUCAAUAUAUCCCAGGAUCCAGUGCUUCCACAAAUUUAUGAAGAAUUUUACCAUACGAUUAAUAACGCCGAUCACGAAAAGGAUCUUAAAUGGUGGUCUAAUAAUCAUGGCAUAAACAUGGCUAUGAAUUGGCCACAAUUUGAGGACUACACAGAGGAAUUCCGUGACAUCACCAAGGGUUCGAAGUCAAAGGAGGCACUUCCAGCUGGAUCCAUCACUCUCAUCAAUCAACGACCGGUCGGCGAGGAUCUGCAUGAAUUCCCUCCAGUCAAUCAUAAAUCAAAGUCAAAAUCUGCUGGUCGUGUUAUAUCAACGGAUGGACUUCACAAUGAUAAUAAAACAGAUACUAUUAAUUCGAGCAAACAAUCAUCGGAAAAAAUUAAUCACGAAAGUAGUGGCGUUAAUAGAAGUUCUACAAUUACGAAUGGUACUAAUAAUACAAAGCAGGAAUCUAAUCCAUUCGAGGAAGAGGAAUGGGACGAGGAUGGUGGUGAACCAUUAGUAGACAGUGGAGAACCAGGAGUUCCGGUUAAAGCUUUGUAUAAUUACGAAGGUGCAGAAGCUGACGAACUUAGUUUUAAACAAGGUGAUGUAUUUGAAAAAUUGGAAGACGAAGACGAGCAGGGAUGGUGUAAAGGAAGGAAAGACGGUAGAGUCGGUCUUUAUCCUGCAAAUUACGUAGAAUUAUUAUCUCAAUAGUUUAUGCAAAUUAUUGAAAUUUUCUAAACAAAAUUCCUUUCCUGGUUACUUAAAGAGUAAAAAUUUAU